GUAAUCGAUGCCUAUAUCCAUCCAUCGUAAUUAUUAGUCUCAACAAACCUCUUUCAGUUUUCCCAAACUAUUUAUAACACCAACGUUCACAUAUAACCAUCUUACUGAGCACUAGCUACGUUUGGAUAUCGCCAUAUCCAUGGAGGUUGUGGAACUGAAGGUCCGCUUGCAUUGCAAGGCGUGCGAGAAAACAGUGCGCAAAGCCUUGUGCAACCUCAAAGGGGUGAGAUGCGUGCAAAUAGAUAGAGGAUCAUCAUCGCCAUCAUCGUCGUCAAAGAAUAUUGCUAGCAAGAUAACGGUAAUGGGUUACAUGGAGAGGAAAGAAGUGGUGAGAGCUGUGCUGAAGACUGGGAGGAAGGUGCAGCUUUUGCUCCCGCCACCAGCUGCUGCUGCUGCUGCAAUGGCGCCGAUGAUGAGUAUCUCCGACGAUAGAAUAAUGGAAGCAGCAGCAGCAAGUCCGAAACUGCCACGAGGGGGCUUUAAAUGCAUCAUCCCUCAGUGCGCUCGCUUCUACAAGUCUAGUAGUGGUGCUACUGCUAAAUCAACGUACUAGAGUGGUCUCACACUUGCAGAAGGAACUCUUCAAUUUUUGGAGCAUUGGAAUUCUCAUCACCAAUAUUAUUAUAUAUGCAUUACUCAAGCUAAUAUUCUGGCUUCCUUUUCGUUCUCGAGCAAAGUUGUAUUUAAGAAUAUAUUAAUUUGAAAUGAAUUCAUAUAAUCCGAACAGAUCAUGCACUCAUAUAGAGUCGUUUGGACGAGGAGUUUUAACGAAUUAAUUUGACCAAAUUGCUUUGUUUUGAGUCAAUUUGGUCGAAUUAAUUCGUUUGGAAAUACACAAUUAAGAUGAAG